GGCCGGGCCCGGAGCUGGAGCUGGAGCUGGACCUGGGGCCAUGGUUCGGUGCGGCGCUAAUGCCCCCAAAGACCUUCAGGCCCCACUGAAGUCCCCUUGCGCUGCACAGAAUCCCCGAGUCGUUGUGGUGGGAAGGGAGCUCUGAGAUCAGCCAGCCCAAGCAGGGCCGCCCCGAGCAGGUGACACAGGAACGCGUCUAGGUUGCAGUUGAUAGAGAGCUGUUGCUGUACAGUUGAGACAGAAGGAAUUGUCACCUCACAUUCUUGUCCAUCACCAUCUGGUGUCCACCAUGAUGCGGACAGGCACAGGGUUUGGGGACGCCGGGAUGCCGCUGCGCGUCGACGAGGUGAUGGCGCUGCUCAGCCACGUUGCCACGGUGAAGGGCAUGAAAGCUGCAGUGGCCAACUCUGGCCGGGGAGCCAUGCUCACAGGGGCAUCUGCCUUUGUGGGGGGCAUGCUGGGAGGCCCUCCUGGAAUUGCUGUGGGAGGAGCACUGGGUGGAUUGCUUGGAUGGAUGACUUCUGGACAGUUCAAGUCAGUCCCUCAGGUUUUAAUGGAGUUGCCUGCUGCUGAGAAGCAGAAGCUCUGUGCUGAAGCCAUGGCUGUUCUCAGGAACUUAGACUGGACUGAUGCUGCUCAGCUGAUUGCUCUUGUAAUGUCAAAUUCUGCUCUUACAGAAAAGGUAUUAGGAGUGCUGACCACUUACCUUGCCCAUGAGUUAAAAGCACAAAUAACAUAUGCAGAAUAAUCCUCUCCAGAGCAGGAUUUUUAUGCUGGAAUGUGUUUUACUCCCAUAGCUGUGAAUCUUCAACAAUUGCUAGUUAUCAGUACUCAUUAUAAAUAUAUGCUGAUUUAAGUUUGGGAUGUUAGGUUUUGGUGUUUGGAGGUUUUUAAAUUUUUAUCAUUAUUGUUAUAAUUUCUGAUUUGUAUGGAUUUGUAAGGAUAGUAUUAGAUUACUGCAUUAUCUUGACACAGACUUGCUAUGUAAUUUUGGAUUGCUCUGCACCAGGACUAAUUCAAAUUGCUGAAGGGAAUCAUGCUGCUCUUAGGCUAAUGUGUCACUUGUGAAAAUUUUCAAAGUCAGUUUGUUUUAUUUCAGAGACUUGAUUCUGUUUAAGUGCUUUAAUUUUUUUUCCCUGUGAAUGACACACAAGGUGCCAAAGUAGCUGGGGCACUGAAGAAUUUUACCUGUUGUUUGUUUCAGCCCUGCAAAGGAAAGUUUUAUAAGGAAGUACAUUACUGUGAAUUCAAAAGACUCGGUCCAUAUUUUGUCACUUUUUAAUUGUAAUUCUUGUAAGAAGUGAAGCAAAUUCUUAAACAAGAUUUCAAGUAACAGGAAAACAAUCUGUGAACACUUUCCAUUCAGUUUUCACCAGGCUCCUGUGCCCUGGAAUGGGAGGGUGGGAGGUUAAGAAAAUGGGGAGCUGAAUCUGCCAGUUUUUUAUGAGCCCCAGGAUGAAGGUUGUUGUUUGAACAUUGGUUUCUGAACUGAGUCUGUACAGCUGGUCCUCUGUUUUCAUUAAAAUCUUAAUAAGAAA